CCGACCCAGCACAGCUGCACGGCUGGGCUGCGUGCGCGCGGCUGAGAGCGAGAAGGCAUUAGAGCUAAGAGAGCUAGAGCGAGCGAGCGAGCAGCAGCAGCAGCAACAGCGGGCGUUCGCCCCCCCUGCGCCUCUCCGCCGGCCGGCCCCACCGUGCACCACCGCUCUCUCUUGCUUCUCUCCUCGGCCCUGCCUGGCUUGACCUGACUCGAUCUCUGCCCCGGGCUACAGCCCGGAGCUCUGGGUGGGGGGGGGGACCUCGCAGCCAGCCUCGGGACUCUCUCCAGCGCGCCGCCGCCGCUGCUGUCCCCAGACAAAGGCUUGGCCAGCGUCCCCGGGCCCGCUACGCCCUCCGAUCUUCCGCCUUGCCCUCCCCGGGGGCUCUCUCUGCUCUUCGCCCCCUCCCUCCCCGCGUGGUGCUUGGCUCGGCUCGGCUCGGGUGCGCUCCGGCCGGCCGAGCAAAGUUUCUCCCCCACCCCACCCCCCCCACCCCCUGCGGCAGCUGCGACGGAGCCUCGCGUUAGCGAUGGCCGCGGAGCUGAGCAUGGGGCCAGAGCUGCCCACCAGCCCGCUGGCCAUGGAGUACGUGAAUGACUUCGACCUGCUCAAGUUCGACGUGAAGAAGGAGCCCCUGGGGCGCGCGGAGCGGCCGGGCCGGCCCUGCACGCGCCUGCAGCCAGCUGGCUCCGUGUCAUCCACACCGCUCAGCACACCCUGUAGCUCGGUGCCCUCGUCGCCCAGCUUCAGCCCCACAGAACAGAAAACCCAUCUCGAGGACCUGUACUGGAUGGCGAGCAGCUACCAGCAGAUGAACCCCGAAGCGCUCAACCUGACGCCCGAGGACGCGGUGGAGGCGCUCAUCGGCUCGCACCCGGUGCCACAGCCUCUGCAGACCUUCGAUGGUUUCCGCGGCGCUCACCACCACCACCAUCACCACCACCCGCACCCGCACCACGGGUACCCCGGGGCCGCCGGGGUGGCCCACGAUGAGCUGGGGCCGCACCCGCACCAUCACCACCACCACCAAGCGUCUCCGCCGCCGUCCAGCGCCGCCAGCCCCGCACAACAGCUGCCCACCAGCCACCCCGGGCCCGGGCCGCAUGCAGCGGCCGCCGCCACGGCCGCGGGUGGUAACGGUAGCGUGGAGGACCGCUUCUCCGACGACCAGCUCGUGUCCAUGUCGGUGCGUGAGCUGAACCGCCACCUGCGGGGCUUCACCAAGGACGAGGUGAUCCGCCUGAAGCAGAAGCGGCGGACCCUGAAGAACCGGGGCUACGCCCAGUCGUGCAGGUAUAAACGCGUCCAGCAGAAACACCACCUGGAGAACGAGAAGACGCAGCUCAUUCAGCAGGUGGAGCAGCUUAAGCAGGAGGUGUCCCGGCUGGCCCGAGAGAGAGACGCCUACAAGGUCAAGUGCGAGAAACUCGCCAACUCCGGCUUCCGAGAGGCGGGCUCCACCAGCGACAGCCCCUCCUCUCCCGAGUUCUUUCUGUGAGUCGUGGCGGGUCCCGGCCCCCCCCCCCCCCCCCCGCCCUGUCCCGGACUCCCUGUCCUCUUGGUGUUCCCAGCCCCGGACUCUCCUGGACCUUGUCCCUGCCAUGGCUCCAACUUUGACCUGUUUGACUUAAGGGAGAGGGAGGUCGGACGCUCGGGGCCGCGGGCGACCGACAAGAGCGCGGGGCAGGCAGGGGACCUUGGCUAAGGCGAGAGUCGGGCGCACGCCAGCGCCACUUCCUAGACUCCGGGCAGAGCUAGACCAGGGGGUGGGAGGUUUCCCCCCUCCCCCCCCCCCCCAGCAACUUUUCUCCAAACUGGAUGGCGGCGCGGGCGGCACCGUACCAAGGAGUUUGCCAAGGGCCGCCUGGAGAGACUCCUGGCUUUCUGAACUUUGUGCCCCAGGGCUGCCGUCAGUCGCCCCCCAAGGAAGAGAGCAGAGGAGAGGAGAGGGACCCAGGAGUCCCGGCAGGCACAAAGCAAAGGCUGAGCGAAGGGAGGAAGAACAGACAAAACUGUCUGUCCAAGAGUCUGGAAAGAACACUGGCUCUCAGCCCCGGAGACGCGGGUCUCAGGACGUUUGACGCUCGCGCGCAAAAUCUCAUCCAUUUUAUUGCCUGCUCGAUUAUAUAGAAAAACAAAUACGAAAAUCUGCAUUAAAAUAUUAAUCCUGCAUGCUGGACAUGUAUGGUAAUAAUUUCUAUUUUGUACCAUUUUUCUUGUUUAACUUUAGCAUGUUGUUUGUUGAUCAUGUCAUAACCCCUCCUCCCCCUUGUUUCUUUGAGCGAGAAGGGAUCGCAGUUCUGAAACUCGGGAGGCUGCCAGCCAGGUUUCAAUCCUGGCCCGGCUUGUACAUACCCGCCUGCCUCACCAAACCUCAUAGAACAUGGCAGCAAGCUGAGUGUCUGUUUGGGUUUUAUUAUUAUGGCAUUUUUUGUAAGUUUUUUUUUUUUAAAGAACAAAGAAAGGAACGUCCUAGGCAUUUAGCAUCAUGAAACAUCUUUGUCUUGGGGUGUUUGAGUAUUUUCUUCCUUCCGUGUUGUCCAUGUUCGGUCCUCUUUUUUCCCCCCCUGCUUUAUUUUGUUUUUGAUUUUGUGGGUGUUGAUGGAAAGCAAGUUCAAGAGCGAUGCAGCUGCACACAGUUCCAUACCACGGAGGCCAGAGUUUGUCUUCUCUAUCCGCCUUGUCUGAUGGUCAGAUUGACACUCAUAAUAAGUAGAGGGAAAGAAAGCAGAUCUUUGCUUUACGUUGUAGUAGCCGGCAUUAUUCCCGGUCCCCCGGCCCCCCACCCCUGUGGAACCCUCCAGGCACCACAUUUAUCUCAGAGGCUGAGCGAUCUUCCUGUGAGAGACACCACUCUCCUUGGGACUGGUCAACAAUGAUCAGCGCUCACAUCACCUCAACUGCCACGCUCAGAAUGUACCAGAAAGCCAAACAUUGGCCGCAAUUCUGCAACUUUCAAGUGCGUUCUGUAGACCAAUGCAUUAUGUGCUUCUUUUCCUGCUUUUGAGAUAGCAGGAAGAGUUAAUUAGUGAUAUUCUCCCCCUUCUCCCCCUCCUCACCAUCUAACCCCUUCAGCUAUAUAGUAGUUAUAGGGAAAAUCUGGGUGUUUUCUUUCUUAUUACAUUUUUUUUCCCCUGCAGGUCAGUAAAAGGAUUUAAGUUGCACUGACGGAAAAAAAAAAAGUGUAUUUUUUAGUUCCCAUUUGAAAUUGCUGGCGCUGCUGGCCGGAUGCAUUUUAUUCUUGAGUUUGUAUUAGUUGAUAAAUUAACAGUAAUAACAAGAUUGUAUGAACCGCAUGGUGCUUGCAGUUUUAAAUAUUGUGGAUAUUUGUCCUGCAUCAGAAACGAGCUUUGGUUUUUACAGAUUCAACUGUGUUGAAAUCAAACUUGCCGCAACAGAAAUUGUUUUUAUUUCGUGUAAAAUAAGGGAUCAAUUUCAAACCCUGCUUAUGAUAUGAAAAUAUUAAAACCUAGUCUAUUGUAGUUUUAAUUCAGACUGGUUUCUGUUUUUGGUUAUUAAAAAUGGUUUCCUAUUUUGCUUAUUAAAACCAUGGAAAUGGUGUUUAUUUAGAGGA